AAUGUAUGUGUGUUUUGUCCUCAGCACGUUGCCGUUGAAAGGGUGGUCGUGUAACCAAACACGGAAGAGCACCUCAGAUUCCUGUCGGGAAGCAGAGUUCAAAGUCUCUGAUGGAAGGGAUUGCUGCAAUGACUAUGAGAUUUGAACUUUGAAGUUUGGACCAUAACCAUAAAGGAUCCUUCACAUUUGCUUCAGGAAGUUCCCCCCCUACCAUGGGUCUGCGGAUUCACUUUGUCUUCGACCCCAUGGGCUGGUGCUGCAUCAGCAUGGUUUUCUUCGUCUGGCUCUACAACUCCUUCUUCAUCCCGAAACUGGUGCUGCUGCCCCACUUUGACGAAGGCCACAUCCCGGCUGCUUUGGUUAUCAGUUACUACCUGGCUUCCAUUUUGUGUGUGACCUCCCUGGUGCGAGCCUCUGUCGCAGACCCAGGGAAACUGGCACCUAACCCACACAUCCCUCAUACCGAGAGAGAACAGUGGGAGCUGUGCAGUAAGUGCAACCUGAUGAGGCCCAAGAGAUCCCACCAUUGCAGCCGCUGUGGUCACUGUGUCCGGAAGAUGGAUCACCACUGUCCCUGGAUUAAUAAUUGUGUUGGAGAGGACAACCACUGGCUCUUCCUGCAGCUCUGCUUCUACACCCAAGUUUUGAGCAUGUUUACCCUAGUGCUGGAUUUUUGCCAGUACUAUUACUUCCAGCCUUUGACGAGAGUAAAUGAGGAGCUGCUUUUAUUCAGACAUGAACUGGCCCUGCUGCGGAUAUCUGCGUUCAUGGGUCUGCUGAUGUUUGCUGGGAUUAGCGGCCUGUUCUACACACAGAUAACAGGCAUACUCACAGACAUGACUACCAUUGAGAAAAUGUCACAUUAUUAUGAUGAAACUUCCAGGCUCAGAAAGCCAUGGCAGCAGACCUUUGCGGAGGUUUUUGGCACACGCUGGAAGAUCCUGUGGUUCUUUCCUUUCAGGAAAAGGCAGCCUCUGCAAGUCCUCUAUGACUUUCCCAGUCACCUAUAGGCAGAUGGAAGAAGCUCAGCCCCCAGAAGGCAGGAAGCCAUUUUGAAAGGUUUUGGGGAAAUAACCAUACUUCUCCCUGGAAUUUUCUGAGACUGAACUUGUAACCCCCAAUAUUGCAAAGCUGUUGUGGUUUAACAGCUGUAGUAAUGAUUCCCUGUUUAGCAGACACAAAAGAGUGGGGCACAGAAGUAGUUGUUUUUUCUGUUUCCCCCAUUCCAGCUGAAACCUAUAUAUAAAUGUGUAGCCUUUUUUAUCAAAAAACCCUUAAGAUUAAAAAUGGAAUCCAGGAAGAUAUUAUUAAGUCUCUAGGUCUUUGUCCUGCUUAAUAUAAAAGCCAUUAUCUUUGGGCCUUAUCAUUAAUCCCUCCUUUCUUUUAUUAUAUUGAUUUUGUCAAAGGGAGAUGAGGGUUGAAACUUUUUUUUUGCGUGUCUUCUCCGUUUCCUGGGUAACCUUCAUUUGUUCAGGCCUUGGCACAGCACCCCUGGGUUAUAUGUGUACCAUGUGACACGGUGUUGGUGCCAAGCAGGCUCCUCAGGAUGAUCGGCCUUUUUGUCAGCGUUUAUGGGAUUGAGGCUGACAGGUCUGAAGUUGAGCUGUGACCUCUGGCAAGCUUAAGGGCGACAAGUAUCUCAGCCAAGUAUAGCACAUUUUGAGCUGAUUUUACUGUUGCAGUCUACUCCAGAUUGGAACAAAUGGUUCUAUACCUGUUAACACAACAUUUCUUAUCAAACAUAUUCUAAAAAGUGAAAAUGUAUUUGAAAUAAUUGCGUUGAUUUAAUUUUCUGGUUUAUUAUUUCUUAUUUUACUUUUUUUUCUUUUUGAGGGGCCUUUUUUAAUCUGUCUGACAAGUGCGUCUUUUUAAAUCCUUAAAAAAGUGCUGAAUCGCAUGCAUUCUUUUUGGAGACAGCUGUUUAGAAUUUUUCUCUUUACACUCCAUGAUAGUGUCCCAGAUGAUAUAUGGUUAUAUAAUCAAGUGUUUUGCUUUCUUGUUCUGGCUGCAUUUCUUUAAAAGCUGAAGUCACACUGGGGAGUUAUUGUCAAUGAAAUUCUAUAUCAAUUGGUAUGAUAUUUUAAUAUUUAGCAUAAUCUUCACAGUCUGUAACUGCUGUUUUUUUCUUUUGAAAAGGUAGUUUUGUGUAUAGAAUUAAAAACUGUGAAAGAUGAUCACAUAUUUAAAAAAGCAUUAAGUUGCCUGUAUUUUCGACAAUGGAACGUCACAUUUGGACCAAGGUCCUGACAUGUCACCCCCAGUACUCCUUACAAUUGAAGCAGACAUGCUUUAUCAGUUCAGCUAUGCGCAAGCUUUGUGCAUUGCGUUGUUUCAGCCAAUGUUUUUUGUGACAUUUUAACAGGUCUGUGUUUUCACCAGUGGCAUGCUCUGUAUCAUGUGUCUCACUUAACCGCAGAUUUACUCUGUCACCGUAAGUCAAACCUGUAACUGAUUUUAUUACACCUAAAACUGUGACUCCGAAAAAAAAUAAGUUUGAUGUUUACUCACUGGUUUGUGCUGUGGGAUUGGUUUGUUUUACACAUCCAAAAAUAAAGUCUUAAGUGCCUCUGUAUACAGUUAGUAUUGUGAUAGAGCAUGGUCAACCACAUUUAACACUGAGAAACCAAAGAGACUGUAACGUUAGGUUAUCAUUGUUGGCGUGGUGGACUGUCCUGCGAUUAGCUGCAAUAUUGAAUCUAAACAUGUGACUAAUAUUUAAAAGUAAAGAACCUUCCCCCUGUUAUUAAAAGUCCAUACUGGUCAUGGUUUUGUAACUUCAAAUUUAGGAGAACAUUUUUGGCAUUCCUUUACUAAGCUUUGCACAUGCUGCUCUGAAUUACUGUGCUCUCAAAUAAAUGUCCUUUAGGAGCAACAAGGAUAAUUUUGAUGUGUUCCAUGCUCUUUUAAGACAUUUUCUCCAAUAUUCCUUUUACUUAUUGACCAAAAGCAGCAAAAACUAUUUUUUCAGCUGCAUCGGCUGUACAAAUUUAAAUUCCAAAAAUGUUAGAAGCUAAUUGUGUCCCAAAUAUACAGUGAACACACUCCAAAAUCAAGAAGCAAUAAGGAUAGGCUGAGAAAGAGGGGAAAAACCAACAUGUUAUGUUAGGUGAGUUCAUUCAGAUAUCCCAGGAAGUAAUUUCUUUGUAAGUGAGCAGGUAAAAAUGGAAGAUUAUGAUUUCCUUAGUGCUUUUUGAUACUAAGCAGGGGAACUGUUGUUUCAGCCUUUCUACACAAAGUCACCAGCUUCUUCAGUUGAUUCAGUUCUUGAGACAUUUACUACCUAGACUUAAAGAAUACACAUAUAUUUAUAUUUCUAUAUCAGUUUUAAAAAGCUAGAGACGAUUUCACAAUUUUUACUAGUUGAUAUUGUGGUCUCAUAAUUCUUAGUACAUUUAAAGUUAUGGUGUAUCAUUAAAUGUAGAAAUGUUCUUGUAGUUUUGUCUUAUUGGAUUUGUAGUAUAGUUUUUAUAUAUAGAUUUUUAACGAUACAAGUCCUUAUUUAAAUAUAUUUAAGUUUUUUUCUGGGAAAAAAACAGUACCCUUAAAGCUGUGCUCUCAUAGUAUUUCCAUCCCGUUGAAUUGCUAGUUGUGUGACCUUGCCUUCACCAUGUUGAGAAAGUGCCCCGUUUACACUAAAUAGGGUUUUUUUUCCAGCAGAGUUUUCACUUCCAGAAAGUCAGUUCAUUGUUAACAAAAAGCUUUUAAGGUGCAACUUAAAAGUAUAAACUGAAGCAAAAUCUGUUUUGCUCUCAAGGGAGAUCUAAUAAACCCCAAUCCUACCUCUGUAGAUUAUAGAGUUCAUAUUCCUGUAUACCUAAUGAUAUAAUAUGAAAUUCCUCUGCUUGCCUGUCAGGGUCCCCAAAUGAUUUAAUAUGAUUAAAUUCACUUUCCAAACAUUUGCAUUCUGGAGGGAAAUUUUAAAAGAUGUAUAAAUGUGAACUGUAUGUUUUAUUUCAGAGGCUGUGGACACUUGCUUUCCCUGAACAUGUCAUAGAACAUGACCUAAAUUUCAAUCCCCUUUCCCUGUUUAAACAAAUAGGAAAGGAAGCACGCAAACAAAUCUUUAUUACAGUCCCUCUAGUUAUGUGUACACAUGGGGACUCGGUUCUCACUUGAUCUCUUUAUUGAGUAUUUAGAUAUUACUUAAAAGGCUGCAUGAUUAAAUAUCUAUAUAACAUGUUAUAUAAUAUCUUAUGUAAUAUGUGCAAUAUCUAUAUAACAUAUCUAUAUCAUAUUGUCUAUGACAAUUUAAUCCUUUCAGGAAGAGCAAGCAGAGGUUGCUUCCUAGGUGACAGGCACGUGUUUCCGUUUAUAAACUGUUUCAGAUUGCCCUCUAGGAAGGAAGUUCUAGGAAACCAACCUUAUGAUAUUAAAUUGUUCGUGGAUCUUGACAAGUUAAGCAUUUAAUCUUAUAUUUAUGGGUACAUGUGAACCUUUUAUCUUCAAUAUAUGCACAAAAUUCUACAUUAUAUAUAUGAUGUCAACUCUGUAGUCGAUUUGACACUCAUUCAGUGAAGCAGAUAGACUAAAUCAUUUUUUAAAAUAUAAAGUCACUGCAUUCAAUCAACUUUUAGCAUUGCAUGAAAGCAAACAGUCCUGUGAAAUACUUAAUUUUGUCUAUAUAAUUGGUUCUCUGAUAUGUGUUUAAAUGUGGCAUUAGUGAAACAGAAUCUAGAUAAUUAAAAAGGUCUAGUUUCCUGGGACAACCCUUCAGUUGAGUUGGUGGUUAAAUGUCAAGGUUUAAGCUUUGUGUGAAACAUGUUUUUGAUUAAUUUCCAAAGGUUUACUGGUCUUGUUGUGCUGUAUCCUUAGUGUUUAUUAUGUCUGUGUUAACAUAGUGGGUAUAACUAUGCAUUAGUGUUCAGCAUCUUCUUAAUAUUGCUGUGCACAGCAAUAUUAAGAAAAGGGUUAUUAUUCAGGUGUAAUAUACAGUAAGUGCCGUUUUAACUGCAUUUUUAUAUUGAUUUUUAUGUUUUUUAUUUAUUUUUGCAAAGGCUUUAUUUAUAUUAGAUUUCUUUACAUUGUGAUUAUGGGAGAUCCUAUUCCAGAACUGUAAUUUAUUAUGGUUUUAUUUUUUAAAUAAACGAUUUAUUAGCACAA